AUGGCAGCCGAGAUACCACCGGGACGGCCGGGGAACCUCACUCCAGAACAAGAGGAGAAGUUGAGAAAACUGUGGGCUGCGAUAUUUCAAGUCUGUGGUGUCAGCGAUGACGACAGCGAUGCUGCGGAAAACACCAAUCCCAGCACAGUCGCUGAGAAGGGGCCCCAGAAGUCGGACCUGGGCAAGUCGGAGAAACCGAAGAAGAAGAGACUGGGCAUGUUCUCUAGGAAAGGCAACAAAGACACGGAUGCGGAAUCAGUCAGCUCCGUGCCUGCGAGCGGCGCACUGACGCCCAAGGAAGGCGAGGAUGACAAGUACGGUCAAACGAAGCACUUCUUUGACACAUUGGCCAGCCAGUCUCCCGAGACGAUUCGGGCUACCAUUUGGAGCAUGGUCAAGCACGACCACCCUGACGCCCUUGUUCUCCGCUUCCUCCGUGCUAGGAAAUGGGACAUUGAGAAGGCUCUUGUCAUGCUUGUUUCUACCAUGAGCUGGCGCUCAAAGGACAUGCAUGUGGACGAUGACAUCAUGAAGAAUGGGGAGGGGGCCGCCGUGGAGGCUGAGAAUUCUGGCGAAGGGGAGGCUAAGAAGCUCGGCCACGACUUCAUGUCUCAGAUCCGCAUGGGCAAGAGUUUUUUGCAUGGUGUAGACAAAACCGGUAGGCCAAUCUGCGUGGUCAGAGUGCGCCUUCAUCACCAAGGAGAGCAGUGCGAGGAGAGCUUGGAGAGAUAUACCGUCUACAUCAUUGAGACGGCAAGAAUGCUGCUGAGACCGCCUGUAGACACUGCCACUAUUAUUUUUGAUAUGACUGGGUUUUCGAUGGCAAACAUGGACUACACUCCCGUGAAGUUCAUGAUCAAGUGCUUCGAGGCAAACUAUCCUGAGAGCUUGGGUUCGGUGCUUGUACACAAAGCACCGUGGAUCUUCCAAGGUAUUUGGAAGAUCAUCCGGGGUUGGCUGGAUCCCGUGGUUGCGAGCAAGGUUCACUUCACGAACAACAUGAAGGAUAUGGCGGAGUUCAUUGCACCGGAUCGUAUAAUUAAGGAGCUCGAAGGUCAAGAGGACUGGUCAUACAGCUAUGUUGAGCCCGUUGCCGGCGAGAAUGACAAGUUGAAGGACACAGCCACUCGCGAUCGCCUUCUCGCGGCGAGGGAGCUCGUGGUCAAGGAGUUUGAGGAGGCUACAUUGCAAUGGAUACGGCAUCCCGCGAGCGAAAAGACCGCUGCCAUAAGGGCUAAACGUGAGGCGGUCGCUGACAAACUCCGCGAUGACUACUGGACUCUCGAUCCCUACCUUCGUGCGCGGUCCUUUUACGAUAGAAUCGGGGUUAUCAAGGGUGGCACAGUGGUUCCUUACCCGGAGCAAACAGCCAGCAAGGCAAACGGGAUAGCUGCGGCAGCACCGACAACAUCGGCGGACGAUGUUGAUUGA